GGAAGUGCAGCCAGCUGGAGGUUGUCAUCUUUUCUCGCUUCGGUUUUUAUCUUUCUGCAGCUCCGUUGCUCCCAUAGCUGUUCUUUAGCCCGACACAUGUUUUACCAGUUGCUAAUGUGGUGUCUUAGUGUUUCGUUUACUUGUUUAACGUUAAUUUUUAACAUGGGUUCACAAGGUUUCGUUAGUUAGUCGCUUCGUUUAGGCGCUAACAAGUCGGUUGGCUGCUGUUUGUUCCUCGUCAAGGAUCAACCGGCACAACUCGCCUCCGUAAUGUAAGAGUCCAUUUUGAGUAAGGUGUGGUGUUUUGUUGGUCUCAUCUGAUCAUGCAACUGUUGAUCCGCCAGUACUGUCCCUCAGAUAAGGACACAGUGCUUAAACUGUACAUCAACGGCAUCCUGGAGCACAUCGGCCCUUGUUUUCAGAAUGCCAUGACCAGCCCUCUCUACCUCACCAUCACAUUGUCUCUGUGUGUUGCUGGCUACCUCCUCGGCUCUGUGUCUGGGGCUCUGUUGUUACCAGCAGCGUGGGUAGGCUUCAUGUACUACUGUUGUCAUGAACUAUAUGCAGGUUAUGUAAGGGAAAGGUGCCGGACAGACAUGCAGGACAUCAUUGGAAACUACCUGAGCAGACCCGAUGACUGUUUCUGGGUGGCUGAGGCCGAGGUUGAUGGGAGGACGCACAUUAUUGGUAUGGUGGCUGUGAUGGCCAAACAGAGUGGAAGAGAAAAAUACGGAGAACUGUUCAGGAUGAUCAUCUCACCUCACUCCAGACGGAUGGGCCUGGGUUACAAGAUGACCCAGACUGUGAUUGAUUUCUGUAGAGAGCGAGGCUUCUCUAAGGUUAUGUUGGAGACGACCUCCACUCAGAUGGCGGCUGUGGCUCUAUAUAGAAAACUGGGGUUCAGCCUUGUCCUCUCACACAAAGACACACACGCUCCCUUUUGGAUUUUUUUGCUGACCAAAGUCACGAUUUUAAGAAUGGAAAAAGCCCUGAUCACCUAAUUUUCCACUGCUCUUUACUUGUGGUUUAAGUUUUUGGACCAAUAACACUUGACUGAAACCUUUAACCCAUAAGAGCUCGACGUGACAUAGUUGUGACAUACAGUUUGAGACAUUUUGCUUCAGUUUAUGGUAUAAACUUUGCUCAAAAUCCUGUUGGACACAAUCUGUUACCUGUGUUCUGUCCUCUGAUAGAUACCCAGAAGGAGCGAACCACAUUAUAAUAUUUUUAAACUGUCACAUGAUAAUAAAUGGUGGAUAUCCCCAUUUUGUUACAUUUUGUUAAAGGGCCAAAUAAAUAAAAUUGGACUUGCCAUUUUUUCAUGGGUCGGGCUUUAGAGGGUUAAAAUAUAUUCCAUGAUAAAACAGAUUACUUUUAGCCAAGCAAAAACAAGUUUCAACCAAAGAGAGACUAACUCAUAUACUUGCUGUACAUGAGAACAGUUUUAAUCAAUGAAUACUGAAAACUAUGAACAUAAACAGUCCAAUUUAAUAAAUGAGCACUGAUAAAUACAUAGCUUUUCUAACAUUCAUUCAUUUAGUUUAAGAAAUCUUUUACAUUUUUAUGUAUCUAACAUGACUUUUCUUUAUAACACUUUAGUUUUUAGCACCUUACUGUAAGUCAUAUUUAUGUCUCAUAAAUACAGCUUGGAUGUUUUGAACACCAUUUACUGCACAUACAAAUGCAGCUAUAUGUACUUAAAAUGCUCUUAAGCCACAUAGUUGGGAAAGGAGGCCUAAUCUAGCAAGAUGUGGGGAGUACUUUAGCUUAUAAGCAUGAUUAUUAAAUCCUUUCUUUCUUACUUUUCUGCAUUACACAGUAAAGGCAUUUUAAUUAAUGUAAAGAAGAAACUAAGCAAUGAUUGGUCAUGUUUUCAUCGACUUUAGCUCCAGAUAUUUGGAUGCUAAAGCCCUAGAAGAUAUUAGGUUUGAUUUUUAAUAUUUAAGGCAUUAGAUUCCUUAAAAAUCUAUCUUUUUUUGUCUACAUUGUAACAUCAACGGUAACUUUUUGAAAUGACUUUGACCAUAAUUUUGUUCCUAUAACAAACUUGUUUCCCACUAAGCAUGGCUAUAAAUAAAUGAAUAAAUAAAAGCAUGUUCAACCACUCAGAGCUUCUUGGUGUCAGUCAGAAAUGUACUGUAUACAUUUUACAGUAAUUGUUAGUCUAUAACAGCAGAGGGCGCUGCCUUUCUGUGAAACACGUGUCACACAGAUGCAUCUAUGAUGCUAGUCAGCAUUAUAGUGUAUUGUCAGUAUUUAAAAGACAUGAUUACAG